CUUCUCUUCUUUGUUUUUGUAGGGGCCGGACGUCUCUUGACAUCCACACAGUCCGUGUAUUUUCUUCAGGGACGUAUGACUGGGGCCGUACAGCUUUAAAAGAAAAAAGAAAUCUCUUGUAAAUUCUUCAAGAAAUGACUACUCAUAAGUCUGAGGUGAAAAUCAUGCCACGGGCAAUUGUUUGUGAGGAUACAAUUCUUCGGGGGGACAUAACAAUAUCCGGUGGAUGUGUUCUUCAUCCAAGUGCCACAAUAAUCGCAGAAUCCGGCCCUAUAAUUAUUGGGGAGAACUGUAUAGUGGAGGAGUAUGUUACAAUAGCACAUCGUAUACCUCCGGAACAGCAGAUAUCCGGUGAUCGAACCCCCGUCUUGGUUAUUGGGGCCAACAAUGUCUUCGAGGUGGGAUGUCACAUUGAAGCCCUAAAGAUUGGUGAGAGGAAUGUUUUUGAGUGUCAUUCUUCUGUAUCAGCAAAUGUGAAAAUCUCAAAUGGAUGCGUCAUUGGGGCAGGAUGUCACUUAACUGGUGCUCAGGAAUUACCUGAAAAUACUGUGAUCACUGGAAAGAAUUGUUUGCAGCGGGAAGCAUUGGAAAAGCAGUCAUCUCACACACUUCAGCUAGACUUCUUGCGAAAAGUACUGCCAAAUUACCAUCAUAUCCGGAAGGCAACUUUUGAUCCCAAAAAAAUUCGUUCACAAGUCUAAAAGGACCUUUUCUCUCUCUCUUGAUGUUCCAAAUAAAUAUAAACUUAUUCACUAUUUACUAUUUUUAUUGUUCUUUCAAGACGAUAAAAAAAUCCGUCAUAAAAUUCAAUUACAUUGACUUUUUUUUUAAUAUGUGGAAAUGUCCAAUUUUUGGUAUUUCACCUAUACACAUCAUUAAAUGCUCAUGUUAUUCGACUUUGUUUAGAAGAAAAAUCAUCUCCUGGUUUAAUAUGGUCAUGGGAAAAUAAAAAUAUAAAUCGAUGUAUGAUCCUUAA